GAGUGCACCUACUUAGCUUGAGAAGGAGAAGAUGGAGAAUGGAAAUUCAUCCAAUGGGGGUAAUCAAGACAAGAAAAGGAGCAAGAAGCGUGUGCUGACCGCGGAAGAGCUUCGGCGGCUUGAGAACGUGCGACCUACCUCUUGGGACGACGAGUGGCUCGUAACACUGAACAUCACAGAUAAUGUGGUGUCGGAUGAGGAUGUUAAAAGUGUCAGCACUUUCACAACGGACAGCCCCAAGUCUAGGGCCUCGACUUAUGGCGAUGGGACGAACACUGACAAGGAGACCGACGACGAUGAUGAUAAGUCUGUUGAUGACGAUGAUGACGAGGAGGAGGAGCAGGAGGAGGCCAAGGAUGAAGAUGAUGUUGAUGAUGAUAAUGACGAGGAGGAGGAUGAGGAGGAGGAGGAGGAGGAGGAGGAGGAGGAGGGGCAGGAGGAGGCCAAGGAUGAAGAUGAUGUCCAUGAUGAGUAGUAAGAACAUCAUAAGAUCGACGGCCAGGCAGGCAAGCAAGAACUAAAUGACUUGCUGGUAGCAAGGAGUUGUAUGUAUCUUCUGGCAGCUAUAUUAUCCAUAGCCGCCAAGCCUAUUGUGUUUAGUUUGUAAUAAGAUCCAUCUAGUCCAUCGUAUCUUAUGGCUUGUGUGUAGAUCCAUAACCGCCAAGCCUAUUGUGUUUAGUUUGUAAUAAGAUCCAUCUAGUCCACCGUAAUUGGCUUGUGUGUGCCUGAACCCUGCAUGCAUGUACGCAUGCUAAUUUAUGUUCGUGUACCACUGUGUCUAAAUUAAGCGAGUGAAGUAUUGUUCUAA